GUUUCACACUGCCUGCUCCAACCCAGAGAGGGCCCUGGCACGUUUCUUCAUUCAUGCCACACCUUCACAACCACAGCAAAGCUGAGAAUAACCAGACCCUUAUCAGAAAUGAAGACAGCUGUUAGAAGACAUGUCAAUACUGUCAGUCACAACAGGAAACUUUAUUAAACAACAGGAAGCCCAUGCUCAUGGGUGGACUUACAAAACACCUCACCCUCCUCUCCCCUCGCUCUUUCAGUGUCGCAGGGCUGGCAGACAGGGCUCUGACUCUCACCUCCACUGAGCAGGGCUGGGUUCAGCCUCACAGCUGCUCCAGCUCUCCAACAGAGGAUCUGCUCUGCCCCAAGCCCCACCUGACCCCUUCCUCCAUCGAGCAUCCCCUGCCUGCUGACCCAGGCUCAGAAGAUGGCAGCUUCAAUGCUGAGCUUGCUGGUGAAUCGCUCCCUCCUCCUUCCCCUGGACUCCACUCAACUGCUCGGCACAAAAGCCUCCUGCCUGCAGCUGGUGGCCACGAGGAACGUGAACAUCAUCCUGCAGCACUACAACUUCUCGGGCAAGCUGACCAACCGGCACUCCGGCGACGAGGGCAUGGGGCUGGUGCGCACGGCCUUCGCCAUCAUCAGCUGCCUGAUCAUCCUGGAGAACCUGCUGGUGCUGCUGGCCGUGCUGCGCUGCCUGCGGGGCCGGCGCUGGGUCUACUCCUGCAUCGCCAGCAUCACCCUCAGCGACCUGCUGGCGGGCGUCGCCUACCUCUGCAACCUCCUCCUGUCGGGCAGCAAGACCUUCCAGCUGUCCCCGCAGCUCUGGUUCCUGCGGGAGGGCAUCCUCUUCGUCGCCUUGGCCGCCUCCACCUUCAGCCUGCUGGUGACGGCCGUGGAGCGCUACGGUGCCAUGGUGAGGCCCAUCGCGGAGAACGAGGCCAGCAAGACGCUGCGGCUGCGCGGCCUCAUCGUGGCCUGCUGGCUGCUGGCCCUCGUCAUCGGGCUGCUCCCGCUGCUGGGCUGGAACUGCCUCUGCGACUUCCAGGCCUGCUCCGUGCUCCUGCCUCUCUACUCCAAGAACUACAUCCUCUUCUCUGUGGUUAUGUUCAGCAUCAUCCUCCUGGGCAUCAUCGGUUUCUACAUCUCCAUCUUCCACCUGGUGCAGGCCAGCUCCAAGCAAAGCAGCUCCCGGCACGGCCGCAAGCGCUCCUUGCGCUUGCUGAAGACGGUGCUGAUGAUCCUGGGGGCCUUCAUCCUCUGCUGGAGCCCCCUCUUCGUCCUGCUGCUCUUGGACGUGUUCUGUGACACCGGAGCCUGCAGCCACCUGCACAGCCUGGACUGGACCCUGGCUCUGGCCCUGCUCAACUCGGGGGUCAAUCCCGUCAUUUAUUCCCUGCGCAGCGUGGAGGUUCGCCGUGCCGUGGGGAGCCUGCUGUGCUGCUGCUGCCUCAGGGCCGGGCUCUGCAGGCCUGGCAGCUGCGUGGCCAUCUCGGACAUCAACUCUGGCUCCUCCACGGAGAGCUCCCUGCGCUACCGCGACAGCUUCCGCGGCCCCGCCGCGCGCAACGCUCGGCCCAGGGCGCCUCUCUCCAGCAACUCCAGCAUGAUGAGCAACCUGCCCAGUCUGUGAGGGGCCACCGGGAGAAGCAGAGGUGCCAGGCAGCCCCCAGGAGCUCAUGGUGCUGCUCCUGGCCUGGCAGCGCUGUGGCACUGAGCAGUUGUGAACUGGGCCGGGCUCUGCAGUCCCAUCAGACCGGGAUGGUGCCUCCGUGUGGGUGCAGCACAGGGACAGGAGCUGCUCCUAGGCUGGGAGUGAAGGAACAAACACAUUUUGGGUUUGGUGCUCUGCUGGGACAGCUGCAGUGCUCGGGUUCUGUGUGUGAGCUUUGGUUGAGCAGAGGUGCUGUAGCUGCCCACCUGAGAGUGUUUUGCACCAGGGCACACUGGCAAAUACAGUGGAUUUCCCCAACCAGGCAGCCCUUCCAAAUCUUUGGAAUACUUUUGGACCUUCUAUGAUGACUUUGGAAUACUUUUGGACCUUCUGUGAUGAGCACAGCCACUGGGAAGGAAUGCAAGCUUGAUGUCCUGCCCAGCCCAAGGACAGCAGAGGGCUGCAGCCACAGCCCAGACCCUCCCUCAGGGGUGCAGAGGCUGGGCACUGAGCCAGGGCAAUGCUGUGACCGUGCUCAGAGCUGCAGUGACAGGGCUGGCACUAACACGGGCAGAAGGAGGUACCCAGAGAGAUCAGGGAGCCUGAAGACACGGCCAGCUUGUGCCUCAGAUCCCUGCUCUUCUGUUCUCCCAUGCAGGGAAUAAUCAGAGCAGCACCCAAAUGCUUCCUCUCACUGUGCCAGAAGGGCACUGAAGCGCUGGGGACUCAGAUAAAUCCUGCUGGCCCAGCCCCUCUGCAGGAGCUGAGCGUGCAGCCCGUUUGUUUCGCAAUAAAUCAAGGUGAUCAGAAA